UCUCGGCAGCGACAUGGGACACAUGGCGCGCAGCUGCCUGUUGGGUGCUGCGGCGCUGUUCUCCUUGGUCCAAGGGCAGGUCCAAACUCAGGCGGAGCAAGACUUGUUGGCACAAGCGGAUCGCACGGUGGAGACCUUCUGCCCGGUGGAUUUUGUGCAUUUGGACGUUGCAGUAGCUCGCGCCAACUUGCUGGUGAGCGCUGGGCAGGACAACCCCAUCUAUGAAACCGUGAUGGACGCGGAUAUUGUCACCAAUGGCGUGUCCACCGAUGUCCUGUUGGAGAAAUUCGAAGAGAAUUUGGACGUGACCUUUGUUGCGGGCAAGGCAUUUGCCUUUGUGAUGCUGAUCCUGCUGUUGAUCUUGUGGAUGGGCGGCUGCUGGUGCUUUCUGUUUCCCUGCUGUAUGCGUUGCUGCUGCCGUUGUUGCGAAGUGCAUCACCAGCUGGGAAAGAAAUGGUGGUUCCAUGUCUUCCUGUGGUGCCUAUUCCUGGCCCUGGCCGCGGGCUGCAUUGCCGUCCAAGCCGUGAGCUUCGUGGCCUAUAACGACAUCGAUCAAGGCAUCCAGGGCACUGCCUGCUACUCCGCCAAGUUUGUGCGCGACGCCGUGAACGGAAAUCCAUCGUUGAAUUUCACGGGCUUUCUGCCCAUCACCGAUAUGUUGGAAGAAGUCACGCUCCUCCUGGAGCCCGAUUCGCCGGUCAUGCAGGACAUCAUAUCUCUCCUGGAUCUCACGUAUGAUUUGGAGAAGGCCAUCACGGUGAAUUUUGCCGUUUUGACCAUGCUGCUGGAUUUGGUUGGUGACCGUCAAAACGCGGCGCCGUCGGGCUCGAUGCACAAAUGUCAGAUCUGCCAGCCGCUGGUGAACCUCGUCCGGCCCCUGCUGGAAGAAUUGGAGGGGACCGUGGCCUUUGCACUCUUCAUAGCUCGCUCUGAGGUUCAUAAGCAGCUGCAGGGCCCUGCACUGACCCAAUUGCGAGCCUCCAUUAAUUCGACUGUGGCUCCCAUAAAGGAGAUCAAGGCCAUGAUCGUAGAGAAGAUCGGUUUCUACCUGAGCACUGCUGAGGGCCAAUUUCAGUACGUGAUGGGGUAUAUUCGUGGUGACUUCUGGACAGGUCAGGGCGGCUAUUUGUUUCCCGUGAUCCUGGCUUUGUUCCUGCUGUGCAUUCUGAUCGUCAUCCACGGGAUCUUCUCCCUGGCCGUCUUCGGCUGCUGCGGUGGACGGGAACACGACCCCUGCUGCGUGCGCUACUCCGCGGGAUAUUCGCUGUGUAGCUCCUACUGCUAUACCAUGCUCCUGUUGCUUCUGGGCGGCAUCAUUACGAUCCUGUCCACCGUGGGUAGCGGCGUCUGCUUGGUGAUGCUGGACUAUGACCGAGAGGUGGGCAAGCGGCUGCUGGUGGCUUCGGGUAUGGAGUCCGCCGAGCUGGAUGAGUAUUUGGACAUGGCGCUGAAUCUCUCGGACCAGUGCAUGAGUCUCAAGGGGGCGGAGAACGCGAACCGGAACCUGGUGGAUUUGAUCCCCAUCCCCAAGGUGAAUCCCACCUUCCCAGGCGAGAUGAGCACCCCAAGGAAGGAAAUCAUUGAGCUGGCCAUCAAACCCAUCCAGGAUGCCUUUGCCAAACUGGAUGAGUACGAAGCAUUGAUUCCCACCGUGUCCACGAUGCCUGAGGUGAACAUGGUGUUGAAGGUCAUAGGGGACAUCAACAUGAGAUCCCUGAUCUGGUCCGACCCUACAGAGAUUCUGGUGGACCCCCGAUAUCGUGCGAUGAACCCAGCGUAUCACCUGGUGACCUUGAACUGCCCCGAUACUUUGCUGAGCCCCGACCUGCCAGGGCCAUUGGCGAAUCUGCGGGUACCUGGCAUGGAUUCCAUGGCUAUGGACGGUUACUUCGUGGUCAGGACGACAGGAGAUGAAUUGGCGACGGGGAAUGAAUUCAAAGUGGUCCUUCCGACGGAAUUUCCGGACACGCAGAUUCAAGUGCACGGCCUCGAAAGUGACAUGUUGACACAGAAUUGGAGCUGCCCUGCGGGCUUUUCUGAGGGCACCUGUGGCACUGCCCCCGCCUCCAACGCGGGCACCGCAGCGGCCUGCCGAGCCGGGCUUGCCUUCCUGGAGGAAAAGAAAUUGCCCUUGCAGCAGAACCCGGUCUUCAAUUGCAGGUUCUUUCAGAAACCGAGUGAGCCCUGGGGCACUCCUUGCGAGAUUAGCAACAUGAGCUUUGGCGAUGCGCAGUGCAUCUUUCCCAAUGGCAGCAUGGAAACCUUCAUUGUAGGUUGCACCGUGGACGAGUUUGCUGCCCAGAUCAGUGGCUUUGAGGAGCUCAUUCGUAGUGGCCUGCACUUUUUGGACUUGACGGUGGACGGCAUUGUCGAUACGAUCAUGAUCACCCUGCGAAGAUUGGUGGAGGAGAACAUCCUCAACCCCCUCAACAUCCUCCUCAACGGCUUGCACUGUUCCUUCAUGCGAGAGUUUUGGUCUGGGUUGACCUCUUCCCUGUGCUUGCGCUCCGUCAGUGGCCUCUACACCAUGUCGGUCAGCUAUGUGGUGGCCGCCAUCCUAAGCUUGCUCGUUGCCGGGGCGAUGUACAUCCCGUGGCGCUUCUCCCGAGAUAACCAGGACAUUUGGCGGACCACGCAUACUGGAGAGGCCGCCGCCGACGCUGAAGCACCCACAGUUGCCGAGACGGAUCUGGCGUCACCGCCGGUGCCAGCGGUGGAAGCGGCACCCCCUUCCGCGGCCGUGCCGGCGGCGGAUGGCACACCAGGGAGCAGGCAAUUUUCUUUGUAAAUGCUAGCAGAAUUGCCGGAGAUGGGUGAAGACAUUUCAAGAACCCACUUGCGACUCGGCGGUCGCUUUGGGCCAUGCCAGUCCUUGUUUUCUUUCUGUGAUG